GCAGAGGGGAGUCGGUGCCUGAAGAGGUGGAUCUCACAGAACUUUUAGAGAGCGCCAACUUAGAGCACUACAAACAAUGGCUGACAAUAGUAUAUUAGCAUCUACUACUGGGAGGACUAGUUUGGCAGAUAUUUCCAUUUUUGAUUCUAAAGUUGCUGAAACUUCCAAGGAAAACCUAUUUAUCAGAUGUACUUCAUAUGCUGAAGAAGAAAUGCCUCAGAUUGAAACAAGAGUGGUAAUGGUUCAAGAAGCUGGAAGACAAGAAGAACUUAUAAAAGCUUUAAAGACUAUUAAAAUAAUGGAAGUCCCUGUUAUAAAGCUAAGAGAAAGUUGUCCUGGAAAAUCGGAUGAAAAAUUAAUAAAAAGUGUUAUUAAUAUGGACAUUAAAGUACCCUGUGUAACGAUGGACUCAAUGGAAGAGUUUGAAAGUUUGGAUUCUCCAGAAUUUGAGAAUGUGUUCAUAGUCACAGAGUUCCAGGAUUCUGUCUUUAAUGACUUACACAAGGGUGACUGUAGAAUUAUUGGACCACCAGUUGUGUUAAGCUGUGCACAAAAAGGAGAGCCUUUGCCAUUUUCAUGUCGCCCGUUAUAUUGUACAAGUAUGAUGAAUUUAGUUUUAUGCUUUACUGGCUUCAGGAAGAAAGAAGAACUAGUCAGAUUGGUGACAUUGGUCCAUCAUAUGGGUGGAGUUAUUCGAAAAGAUUUUAAUUCAAAAGUUACACAUUUGGUGGCAAACUGCACACAAGGAGAAAAAUUCAGGGUUGCUGUGAGUCUGGGUACUCCAAUUAUGAAGCCAGACUGGAUUUAUAAAGCAUGGGAAAGACGGAAUGAACAGAAUUUCUGUGCAGCAAUUGAUGAUUUUAGAAAUGAAUUUAAAGUUCCUCCAUUUCAAGAUUGCAUUUUAAGUUUCCUGGGAUUUUCAGAUGAAGAGAAAACCAGUAUGGAAGAAAUGACUGAAAUGCAAGGAGGUAACUGUUUACCAGUUGGAGAUGAAAGAUGCACUCACCUUAUAGUUGAAGAGAAUAUAGUAAAAGAACUUCCAUUUGAACCUUCAAAGAAACUUUAUGUUGUCAAGCAAGAGUGGUUCUGGGGAAGCAUUCAAAUGGAUGCUCGCGCUGGAGAGACUAUGUAUUUGUAUGAAAAGGCUAAUACUCCUGAGCUCAAGAAAUCAGUGUCCCUGCUUUCUCUACAUACCCCAAACAGCAAUCGCAAAAGACGUCGUUUAAAAGAGACACUUGCUCAGCUUUCAAAAGAGACAGACUUGUCACCUUUUCCUCCCCGGAAGCGACCAUCGGCUGAGCAUUCUCUUUCUAUAGGAUCACUCCUUGAUAUUUCCAAUACUCCAGAGUCUAGCGUCAACUAUGGAGAAACCCCAAAGUCUUGUAGUAAGUCUUCUAAAAAUUCUACCCCAGUUCCUUCAAAGCAGUCAGCCAGGUGGCAAGUUGCAAAAGAGCUUUAUCAGACUGAAAGUAAUUAUGUAAAUAUAUUGGCAACGAUUAUUCAAUUAUUUCAGGUACCAUUGGAAGAGGAAGGACAGCGUGGUGGUCCUAUCCUUGCACCAGAAGAGAUUAAGACUAUUUUUGGUAGCAUUCCAGAUAUCUUUGAUGUGCACACUAAGAUAAAGGAUGAUCUGGAAGACCUGAUUAUUAAUUGGGAUGAGAGCAAAAGCAUUGGUGAUAUCUUUCUUAAAUAUAUAAACCAAGCUAAGCCGGAAUGUGGACGACAAAGCCUUGUUGAACUUCUCAUCCGACCAGUACAGAGGUUACCUAGUGUUGCAUUACUUUUAAAUGAUCUUAAGAAACAUACAGCCGAUGAAAAUCCUGACAAAAGCACUUUAGAGAAAGCUAUUGGAUCACUAAAAGAAGUAAUGACGCAUAUCAAUGAGGAUAAAAGAAAAACAGAAGCACAAAAGCAAAUUUUUGAUGUUGUUUAUGAAGUAGAUGGAUGCCCGGCUAAUCUUUUAUCUUCCCACCGAAGUUUGGUGCAACGAGUUGAAACUGUUUCUCUAAGUGAGCACCCCUGUGACAGAGGAGAACAAGUUACUCUCUUUCUCUUCAAUGACUGCCUUGAGAUAGCAAGAAAACGCCACAAAGUUAUUGGCACUUUUAGAAGUUCACCUGGCCAUACUCGACCCCCGGCUUCUCUUAAGCAUAUUCAUCUAAUGCCCCUUUCUCAGAUUAAGAAGGUGCUGGAUAUAAGAGAGACAGAAGAUUGCCGUAAUGCUUUUGCCUUGCUUGUGAGGCCACCAACAGAGCAGGAAAACGUGCUGCUCAGUUUCCAGAUGACAUCAGAUGAUCUUCCAAAGGACAGCUGGCUGAAGAUGCUGUGCCGACACGUAGCCAACACCAUUUGUAAAGCAGAUGCGGAAAAUCUCAUGUACACUGCUGACCCAGAAUCCUUUGAAGUAAAUACAAAAGAUAUGGAUAGUACACUGAGUAGAGCAUCUAGAGCAAUAAGAAAGACUUCAAAAAAGGUUACAAGAGCAUUUUCUUUUUCCAAAACUCCGAAACGAGCCCUACGGAUGGCUCUCAUGCCAUCCUAUAACUCAGUGGAGGGCAGAAGCCCUCCCAGCAGCGAGAAGCACACAGUGAGUCGCCUUGCUAGCACAUCAUCACUAGCAAGCUGUGGCAAGGUCAACUCUCACGGAGGCCAGCCACUGUACUGGGUUGACACUGAAGAUGGAGCCAUGGCUGGAGCAGCCAGGGAAAAGAAUGCUGCCAAGACUCACAUGUCCAGGACCCAGUGA